AUGAUUGGUCAGCGGCACUCGAGGACAUUUUCCUUUGUUUAUUUGACGUUACCGAGUUGGACCAUGCUUAGCCAUAGUAGAGAGCUCGUUGGGUCAGGUCGCUGUAGUUUGCGGUGUGUGCGAACUCGGCCUCUUCACGUCUUAGAGACGACGUGGGCGCGAAAACGAAAGCAAAAGGCUGGCACAUCGGGACAGGGCGGAGAUAAUGAGGCAGGGGAAGAUGCUUCCCCCAACCGCAGGUUUAGUCGUAAAAUGUCUCUGAAGCAGCAGCUGCUGUUGCUGCGAGAACGAGCGGCCCAGGAAAAGCGAGCCGCUGGUGCUGCGGCGUCUGCAGCGCCCGCGCGAACCUCCUACCGCCGGCGUUUGGUCCGAACUCCGCCCGAAGAGGACAACCAGGAGGAAACUGAAACCGCUGAGUCGCUAGAAGCUCAGAAGCCUGAAGUCGCUGCAAGCGAAGGACUGCCCAAGGUGAACGCUACGAAAGAGCGGGCGCGACAAAAAUGGUUUAUCGUUGACGGCUAUAACGUUAUCGGCGCCGCGCCAGAGCUCAAUGCAUACGUUCGGGAUGGUGACCUCGAGACUGCCCGCCGACUACUUAUCGAAGACGUAACGAAUUUGUCGGCAAUUCGCGGAUGGCACUUUAGCAUCGUGUUCGAUGCGACCACGAAUCCACAGGAUGGUUACCCGCGUACGAAGGAUACCACCGAAAAGAUCACAACAGCCCUGAUACAUCCGGAUGUGAACGCGAAGGCUGCAUCUGGAACCCAGCAUCAGUCUCGAGCGAGAAAGUCUGCCAAAGGCGAGGAGGCGUCAACAGAGUCGGUUGAAAUAAUCUAUCCAGCCUGCAAGAGUGCUGACUCAUAUAUUAUCUCACGCGUGCGCGGGGCUGCUCGAGACCACAACAUGGAAGUUUGGGCAGCAACUGGUGAUAGUAUAGUGCAGAGUCUUGUUCGUGCGAGCGGAGCCUUUGUUAUCAGCUCAGAACUGUUUCUGCGCGAGGUCGAGAACGCCAAAACUGAAAUGCGAGUCAUCCAUCGUCUCGCUACCAACGAGCCAGGCCUGGCGCUGAUCGAUUGUCUGGACCAGGAAUCGCGCGAUAGACUGCUUAGCUUGAAAGAGAGCAACGUUGAGAACACUUCCUGA